AGCUGUGUUCUUUUCCAGCAAUCAAAUCACUGUUUUCAGAACAUCACGUUACAGGGUUUUAACAGAGAGAUCCAAUGACGCUGGAACAGCGGCUUUCGAGCGAUGAAAAGAAGGUGUUGGUGGUGGGAGCCGGGAUGGUUGGGGUGUCCGCUGCGUGGCACUUGCAACGGCGCGGCUUCCAAGUUACUAUGAUUGACCGAAAAGGCCCGGGUGAGGAGACGUCGUCGGGCUGCGCAGGUCUCAUUCAACGAGAGUGCGUGAUGCCCUAUUCUAUUCCCUCCGGGUUUCUCAAUCGGGUGAGAAUUGUCCUCAACACCAAGGUGGACGUGCGCUACAACAUUUUCGCACUCCCUCAAAACCUGUACGCUAUUUACCUGUACUGGAGAAACUCCAGCCCAUCUCUCUACGGAAAGAACUGUAAGGAAUUUGCAAGCCUUAUUGUCCACUGCACUGACGAGCACGAAGCGAUGAUUAAGGCGUCGCACUCAGAGAAGCUUGUUCGCAAGCUGGGAUUCCUUGAGCUUUUUCGGAUGAAAUCGAUUCCUGCAGUACAAGACAUCGUGGAGGAGCAGCGAUCCAAGGGAGUUACUGUUGAUCUUCUCACCACAGACGACAUAAAGGAAAAAGAGCCGAGUCUCAAUGUGGAAGAGUUCACGUGCGGUUUACACUUUAAAGACGCAUGGCAAGUCGCUGAUCCUGGCGCCCUUGUCAAAGCGUACGCCAACAGCUUUGUGUCUCUCGGCGGAACUGUUGUACAAGCUGCGGUAAAGGAAAUUGCGCCGCGCCCCGAAGCUGAAGGUGGUGGCUGGCUGGUUUCAACUGAAACCGGCGACUUCGCUGCUCCUCGCGUUGUUGUGGCGACGGGCCCAUGGUCAAACGAAGUGCUGCGCUCAUUGGGAUACAAGUUCCCUCUCAUUCCGCUGCGUGGCUACAACACCCAUUUUAAGCUUGCUGACGGUGCUCAGUUGAACCAUUCCAUUGUGGACAUCACAAACGGGUAUGUUUUGGGGCCGAUGAACGCAGGCGUCCGCCUUACCACGGGCGGCGAAGUCACCACAAUGGCAACUCCUCCAAACGAAAUUCAACUACGGAAAGCAGAGGCUUUGGCGCGCAAGCUGCUGCCACUGGAAAACCAGAUUGGAGGUGUUUGGCAUGGCCACCGACCACUCAUUGCAGAUAUGAAGCCAAUCAUUGGUGAAUCUCCCAUUCACGCAGGUUUGUGGAUGUGCUUUGGUCACGGUUAUCAAGGCUUUACUCUUGGUCCGAUCUCCGGAAGAGUUUUGGCAGAAAUGAUGGCAAAAGAAAAAGCUAUUGUCGAUCCUACUCCUUUCUCCGUCGAUCGUUUUCUUUAA